AUGAAGGCUUCAUUCGUUCUUUCCGUCCUCGCUCUUGCGUUGACCACUCAAGCCUGCGACCAGUACAAGUAUUGCGCCUGCACAAAUGAAGACGGCACCACGAACGAUGCGCUUACCGACUGGGCAUGCGACCCCAGCUACACUCGCAUCAACGACAAGGGAUACACUGAGUGCAAGCUCUACAAGAGCAGCGCUUUCAAAGUCACGGCAUUGGAUAACUGCAAAUUCCGAGAGGCCUGCGAGGCCAAAGGUGGCAAGGGCGACUCGAAGUGCAGAGCCAAGGUUGGCGUCUUCAAGUUCAAGGCUUGA